GCCCGCACGGGUGCUACGCUCAGAGGACACUAAUCGCACACUAUCCUCUGGGAGGAGCUGUGCCUACCAGGCGAGUCUGAGGCUCCUGUGGGGCGUGGGCGCGUGGGCGCAAUGCCCCCUCCGCCAGCCAAUGGGAAAAGGGGCUCACCGGCCAGGCAGAGAAGUGUCCGCGCCUGGCGCAGCCCUCCACGUGUUUGCUCCAGCGCGCAGCUGCGUAGGGACCUCGCGCAUAAAAAGUCCCAGUGAGCUCCCAUUUCACGUCAAGCAGCAAGUAUCUAUUGAGGCGUUUUUUUCACUUUUCGCCUUCCCUCUUUGGCUUGUGGCUUUCAGCACUGGGAUUUAACCCGCUCUUGACCCCCUCUGUGACCCAAGCCUGAGUAUUGAUCCGUGGACAAGAUGACAGAUGGGUCAUCGUCUUCCUUCUUUCCUGAUUUUGGGCUGCUCUUGUAUUUGGAGGAGCUAAACAAAGAGGAAUUGAAUAAAUUCAAGUUACUUCUAAAGAAUGAGACCAUGGAAUCUGGGUGCUGCCAGAUACCCUGGGCUGAGGUGAAGAAGGCCAAGCGAGAGGACUUGGCUAAUUUGAUGAACAAAUAUUAUCCGGGGGAACAAGCCUGGGAUGUGGCUCUCAAAAUCUUUGGCAAGAUGAACCUGAAGGAUCUGUGUGAGAGAGCAAGAGCAGAGAUCAACUGGACAGCCCAUUCCCUGGGACCAGAGGAUGCCAGGACACAAGAGGAACAAGAUGAGCAGGAGGCAGUGCAGGGUGAUGGAACAGAAUACAGAACCCAAGUAACAGAAAAAUAUUGUAUCACGUGGGAUAAAAAGUGUUUAUUUGGAGAACCUGAAGAUUUCCAUCCUGGAGUUGCUCAGAAAGAUCAAGAACUGUUGGAACAUCUGUUUGACGUGGAUGUGAAAACCGGUGAGCAGCCACAGACAGUGGUGCUCCAGGGGCCUGCUGGAGUUGGGAAAACAACCUUGGUGAGAAAAGCAGUGGUAGAUUGGGCCCAGGGAAAUCUCUACCAGCAGAGGUUUAACUAUGUUUUUUAUCUCAAUGCAAGAGAAAUCAACCAGUUGAGAGAACGAAGUUUUGUUCAAAUGAUAUCAAAGGACUGGCCCAGCACAGAAGGCCCCAUUGAAAGGAUCAUGUCCCAGCCCAGCAGUCUCCUUUUUAUUAUUGAUAGUUUUGAUGAGCUGAACUUUGCCUUUGAGGAACCUGAGUCUGUGCUGUGUGAGGACUGGACCCAGGUACACCCAGUGUCCUUCCUUCUCAGUAGUCUGCUGAGGAAAGUGAUGCUCCCUGAGUCAUCCUUAUUGGUGACAACAAGACUCACAGCUUGUAAGAAACUGAAGCCUCUGUUGAAGAAUCCGCAUUCUGUAGAGCUGCUAGGUAUGUCUAAGGGUGCAAGAGAGGAGUAUAUUUACCAAUGUUUUGAAGACCGGAAGAGAGCUUUGCAAGUAUUCAAUUCACUAAGAAGCAAUGAGAUGGUUUUUAGCAUGUGUAAAGUCCCCCUAGUGUGCUGGCUUCUUUGUACCUGUCUGGAGCAGCAAAUGGAGAAGGGUGGUGACAUCACGUUAACCUGCAAAACAACAACAGCUCUAUUUAUGUGCUAUAUCUCUAGCUUGUUCCCACCAGUAGAUGGAAACAGUCCUAGUCUACCCAGCCAAACCCAACUGAGCAGCCUGUGCCACUUGGCUGCCAAAGGAGUGUGGACCAUGACAUCUGUAUUUUACAGGGAGAAUCUCAGAAAGCAUGGCUUAUCUAAAUCGGAUGUGUCAAUUUUCCUGGACCUCAAUAUUCUUCAAAAGGACAUGGAGUAUGAAAAUUGCUACAUGUUCACCCACCUGCACGUUCAGGAGUUUCUUGCAGCUAUGUUCUAUACGUUGCAAGACAGCUGGGGAACCAAGAACUGUUCCUUUCAGUCUUUUGAAGACUUGAAGCUGUUGCUUGAAAGCAACAGUUAUAAAGACCCCCAUCUGACACAGAUGAAAUGCUUUUUGUUUGGCCUUUUGAAUGAAGAUCGAGUAAAACAAUUGGAGAAAACUUUUAACUGUAAAAUGUCACUAGAGAUAAAAUGGAAGAUACUUCAGUGGCUGGAGACGAUGGGGAACAGUGAAGAUUUUCCAGCGCAGGUGGAAUUUCUGGAGUUGUUUUUCUAUCUGUAUGAGACUCAAGAUGAAGCUUAUAUAAGCCAGGCAAUGAGCUAUUUCCAAAAUAUUGUCAUUAAUAUUUGUGGGAAAAUCCAUUUGCUUGUAUCUUCAUUCUGCCUUAAGCACUGCCAACGUUUACGGACCAUGAAACUGUCGAUAACCAUGGUAUUUGAGAAGAUGUUAAACUCAAACCCCCUAGCUGAAAUUUGGCGAAGGGAUGGUGGUCAUAUUACUCAUUGCUGGCAAGAUCUCUGUUCAGUGCUUCAUACAAAUGAACACUUGAGAGAAUUGGACCUGUGUCAUAGCAACCUCAAUGAAUUAGCCAUGAAGACUUUUUAUCAGGAACUGAGGCAUCCAAGCUGUAAACUACAAAAGCUAUUGAUGAGAUUUCUUUCUUUCCCUGAUGGUUGUCGGGAUAUUGCUAGUUCCUUGACUCACAACCAGAAUCUGAUGCAUCUCGACCUGAAAGGGAGUGAUGUAGGGGACAAUGGAGUAAAGUCCUUGUGUGAAGCCUUGAAAAACCCAGAGUGUAAACUACAGAAUCUGAGCUUGGAAUCCUGCGAUCUAACUACAGUUUGUUGUCUAAAUAUCUCUAAGGCUCUCCUUAGAAGCCGGAGCCUGGUAUUUCUGAAUCUGUCAACCAAUCACCUAUUAGAUGACGGAGUCAAGCUGUUGUGUGAGGCCUUAGGACAUCCCAAGUGUCACCUAGAGAGACUGUCCUUAGAAAGCUGUGGCCUCACAGUAGCUGGUUGUGAGGAUCUUUCUUUGGCUCUCAUCAGCAACAAAAGGUUGACACAUUUGUGCUUGGCAGACAACAUCUUGGGAGAUGAUGGAGUAAAGCUUGUGAGUGAUGCCUUGAAACAUCCACAGUGCAAUCUCCAGAGCCUUGUGCUGAGGCGUUGCCACUUCACCUCACUGAGCGGUCAACAUCUCUCCUCUUCUCUCCUACGCAACAAGAGCCUGACACAUCUGGAUCUGGGGUCCAACUGGCUACAAGAUGAUGGAGUAAAGCUUCUGUGCGAUGUCUUUCGGCAUCCCAGCUGUAACCUUCAGGACCUGGGAUUGAUGGGCUGUGCACUCACUAGUAUGUGUUGUCUGGAUUUGGCUUCUGCUAUUCUGAACAACCCACACCUGCAGAGCCUGGACCUUGGGAACAAUGACCUGCAGGAUGAUGGAGUCAAAAUUCUGUAUGAAGCUUUGAGACAUCCAAACUGCAAUAUUCAGAGGCUUGGAUUCCAAUGGAAACAUCAGCUCCCCUUGGCUUUUGGACUGGAACUAUACCUCACUUCUCCCGGAUCUCCAGCUUGCUGAUAGCAGAUCUUGGAAUGUUUCAGUUUCCAUAAUCAUAUUGUCUUUUCAGCUUGCGGGAGAGGAAGAGAUGGAGUGAAAUAAUCUUGUAUUAAAGGGUAUGUGAAAGAGACCUAAACUAAUUAGCAAUCUCUUCCUCUCAUGUAGAGAAAAACACUGUGCUGUUUCCUUUGGAAAGUACAGGCUUCUUUUGGAGGCAGAAGUUUGCUUUUCCUAACUCCGUGGGGUACCUGGCUCCCAGGAGCAGCCUGCUUUGGAAGGUAGCCCCCAUUUCCAGCUUUAAGUAGGCCUGGCAUUUGUGUUUUUGUGUCCAUCCCCCUGGGCCCAUGACAGACAGAUGGAGCUUGAUUCUAAACCGACCUGCUGAGCUUGGGUAUGAUGUUUUCAGACAUGAAAUCUUGAUUAACGGCAAAUGUUAAUUGAAGCAGUGAAUUAUUGAAGUGCUUUUCCAUAAAUGAUAAAUGGUGUUGUUGGCUGUUUUGCCUCUUGUGACAUCAUAAAACUUUCCAAGAAGUUGCUAGCUUUGCCCAAGGAAAACCGGAAGAGGUAGCCAUAUUUGCUAGCAUUCAUGAUGACCCGCUUAUGGUCUAAGGACAGGCCUGGGUGGGGAUGACACCACAUUCUCUCCUGGAAUCUCCCAUCAGUCACUCCAAACAAGCAGAUCUUUCCCUUAAACGCAGAACUGUCACCACGUGAUCUCAUCCAGCCUUCUAGCUUCAGUUCCCAUCAAGAGCUGAUGACUCCCAGUCUCUACCUCAAAUUCAGAUUUUGCUCUGAACUCCUGACUCAUAAACACAGUUAUUACUGGACAACUCUGCCUGAGGUCCCAUGAGAUCUCAAACUUAUAUUCAUUCCUUUAAUAAAUACUUAUCAAGCGCCUAUCAUAUGUCCCUAGUGCCACUUUAUUGCAGGAGCAGGUGAACUCCUGCUAAUUAACACUAAUGAACAAAACAGGUACAGCUCUUCCUGGACCCCUCAUUUUAAAGUGGGGAGGGGAGGAGGCAGACAGCCUAAGGCAGGGAAAGGGGAGCAGGAGUGCUGUGCAUUUCAGGUGGUGGCAGUGAUUUCAAUAAGGUGCUCAGGAAAUGUCCCAUUAGAUGACUUUUGAGUAGAGACUCAGAAGAAAUUCUAGACGGAUCUAAGAUUCAAGCACAAAAAAUUAAACCACAAAAUAUCCCAAAGUCUGUGUUUUCAAAAUUUCCCCUUGUUCUAUCCUCACAAUCAUGGAGAAUGUGGCAUCCAAUCACUAGAGUCAUAUGCAUGAGGUCAUAUUCCUCUCCAACGUCUACCUUUGGGGGAGAAAGCAUCUUCUCACCCAUCCUGAAUUCCUGCCAGUCCCAAGUGGGAACUUACCACAAGAGGUAUUACAUAGAAUCUCUGCCAUGUGUCUGCCCCUCACUGGCUCCUCCCCCAUGGGAAGAGGGAUGGAUCUAAUAGGCCAGAUGGAGAGAGUCUCUUAUCUACCUGUCCUGUUUCUCUAGUGAUCUCUAGAAGCACUUCUUAAACGUUAAUGUGUGUAGGAGACAGCUGGGGCAUCUCCUUCAAAUGCAGACCCUGAUCCAGUCUGUCUUUGCUGGGGCCUGAGAGUCUGCCUUUCUAUCAAACUCUCAGGUAAUGCCCAUGCUGCUGGUCUGUGGCCCAUACUCUGGGUAAGAAGGGUCUUCAGGGUAUGAGAAGGCUUCAGUCCUUCAUGCUAAGUACCUUCCCAGCAACUUCAGCUAUCCAAGCCAAAUCCACCAACCCAGACUUAUCAGAUUAAAACUUAUAUAUUGAUUUCUAUUUGACAUCUGUCUAUUCCUCAAUUGGUUCAGAAGUCAGGAGAGAGAAGAGGAAGGUAUUGCUAUUUCCAUUUUACAGAUGGGAAAAUGGAGGCUUAAUCAAGUUGAACAACUGAUUUCAAGCCAAACAUGGAAGAAGUGCAGACUCAGAUUUGAAGCCUGUCGAUUCGACCCUAGCCUUUACCCUGUUACCUGCUGUUUUAUACUGCCUCCCUUAAAACUGCUCUGCCCCACAUGAUCUGGUCCCUCUUUAUCUGUGAUUCCUGUCCUGUAGUGAAUGAUAAUGCAGUCACUGUCCCCUGUUUUCCACACCAGUUUUCUUUAUUCCUUUUUGCUUCUUGGCCAUCUUCUUACCUAUCAAUAUGCAGAUCAAGGUCUGUCUUCUUUAUGAAGCUUUUCUUUGAUGCUUCAGCAAGAAAUAAUCCCUUCCUAUUUUACUGUUACUUUACUGUGUAUAGAAUUCCAUCCGUUCCCUUGUUGUAGUUAUUGCAUUCAUGUGUUACAUGCCAAUUUCUUCUACUAUUUGGAAAGAUAGGAAUAGUGUUUGCUUCAUCUUUUCUUCCCAUCACCCUCCUCAGGGCUUGCACUUAUUAAGUGCUAAAUAUAUACUGAAUGAAUGUUUAAUGCCUGUGUUGGAGCUAAGUGGCUGAAUGCUCCUGUGCUCAGUCUUCCUUUUUCUGUCUUCUCCCUGUCAGUCCUUUGCAUUUUGUUUGAAGUGCCCAUUUCCUUUUUUUACCACAUGAACAGAAAUAAAGAGGGCAGGGGCAACAUCUUUCUAUGUUAGAGACCUGCUAAUCAGUUGGCGAGAAUCUCACACAAACUUGUAGAAAAAUAAAAAUUUGGUAAUAAAAUAUUUUUAUAUCCUGAGAAGAGCAAAAGACAACCUUUCACUCAAAGUUAAAAGAACCAGCUAUUCCAUUAAUGAGUAUGUAGUCUUGGGCUAGUUAUCUAAAUUAUCUGAACUUUGGUAUCCUCAUCUGUAAGACAGUGGGGUUGACAUCUACAUUGCAGGAUUAUUGAAUGAUCAAAUGAAAUAGUGCAUCUUUAAAAAAAUUUUUUUAAUAGGGGCACCUGGGUGGCUCAGUCGGUUAAGCAUCAACUUUGGCUCAGGUCAUGAUCUC